AACAUGUCCAAAUCAAUACCGUUCACUGUCUCACUAUUGCACAAGUGUGUUAUAAGCCAACAGAGCAAAGAUGAGACCUCUGCUUUUAUUAGCCAUUUUAAUAUGUUUUCAUUGCGUUCUGAGAAAAGGUUUUUGCUCAUCAGAACAAGACAAAGUUCUGUCCAUCACAGCUGUGACACAGGAGCAAGUGAUCCUACUGCAGAACAUAUCCAGCCAUAAUGAGACGACUCUGUGGCAGCCUGCGUCUCCCAGUUACAUCACAGAGAACACACCUGUCCAUCUGUUCGUCCAGUCCAGCAGCGUGACCCGAGUCACUGAGCUGCUAAACACACACAGAUUCUCCUUCAGCGUUCUGCUGGAGAACACCCAGCAACUGAUCCAGGAACAGACCAGAAACAUCACCACAGAUCCCAAGAGCGGGGGAAUGACUUACGAACGAUAUCACUCUUUAGAGGACAUUUAUUAUUUGAUCAAUAAAACAAGCCAGGAGCAUCCGGACAUGACCAAACUCAUUCUGAUUGGCUCUUCAUUCGAGAAAAAUCCACUGUAUCUCUUAAAGCUGUCAGGAAGACGAGGCCCAGUGGAUAAAGCCAUGUGGAUGGAUUGUGGGAUUCAUGCCAGAGAGUGGAUCUCACCUGCUUUCUGCCUUUGGUUCAUCAAAUAUGCUGUUAUAUUUUACAAGGAAAACCCUGACAUCACUGCAAUGUUGGACAAGAUGGACAUCUACAUCUUACCUGUCAUGAAUCCAGACGGUUACAAGUACACCUGGACGACUAACCGCAUGUGGAGGAAGAACCGAUCAGUGAGGGAGGGCACUUCAUGUGUCGGAGUCGAUCUGAACAGGAACUUCGAUGCCAACUGGUGCACGGCGGGAGCAUCCAGCAAUCCCUGUUCUGAUAUUUACUGCGGGCAGUACCCGGAGUCCGAGCCGGAGGUGCAAGCUGUGACCAAGUUCUUACGCGCCCACAAGGACUCUAUCAAACUUUACUUCUCCAUGCAUUCCUACUCGCAGAUGCUGCUCUUUCCGUACUCCUACACCCAUGAUCAGAUCCCAAACCACUCUGAGCUGUUUGAUCUUGUCAAGGAGGCAGCCGUAAAGAUACGUAGGCAUUACAAAAAUGUAUACCACUUUGGUUCUGGAGCAAAAACAAUAUAUUUAGCUCCUGGGGGAUCAGAUGACUGGGCCUAUGAUCAAGGCAUUUUAUACUCGUUUACCUUUGAGCUGCAGGACCGUGGACGAUACGGCUUUCUCCUUCCUCCAAACCUGAUCUCUGUUGCCUGUAAUGAAGCCCUUGCAGCGGUCAAGAUCAUAUCGAUGCGUGUGCUAGAGAAACUUCAUGAAUGAAUCAAUGCUUCAGCCUUUAUCCUACAUAAACGAGGUUCUUAACAGUUAGGGUUCUCACUGUCCUCCACAGUUUUAUGCUAUUUCUGCUCUUAACACAUUCGGCUCAUGAUAUGGUGGACUGUGUGCGAUGGAGAAGAAACGGAAAAUGAUGUGAAUCAAAUUAAUUGAAUGAAAUGUUGGUGCUCUCACAGACCAUGUCAUCAUUGGCAAAACUUUAACCAGAAAAAAAUGUUCUUAGUAUUAGUAAGAUAGUAUUGAAAUGUAGUGACCCUUAUAUGUGUGAUACAUGUGAUAUGUUAUGAUGCUCAUCAUACAUAAUACACAGUUUCAGAUUUCCUAUUAAUCGCAAGUUCAUUUAUCAAAAAAGAAAAGAAUAAAGCAAAUUUAAAAAUG